UAACAAUUCCCCCUCCAUCUCCACCAACCGCACCUACCAAUUCGUCAAACUCCAAUGUUUGAAACUAGCUGUUUCGCCUGUUCAUGGCGGGCCAAUACAAUUCGUGCUAUUCUCCGGGAGAACAAGAUCUCCUCCUUCUCACCGUCGCUUCGUCGAAAUAGCAUUUUCGUUCUUCUUCAAUCUCAGCAGGAUGUCGUCAGUUCUUACUUGCAGAGCUGCGGUGGCUUGGGGAGCUGGAGAGCCAUUGGUGAUUGAGGAGGUGCAAGUGAGUCCUCCUCAAGCUAUGGAGAUCAGAAUUAAAGUUGUCUGCACUUCUUUAUGUCGCAGCGAUGUCACUGCUUGGGAAUUUCAGGCUAUUUUUCCUCGCAUAUUUGGCCAUGAAGCAGCAGGUGUUGUUGAGAGUGUUGGUCCUGGAGUGACUGAAUUAAAGGAAGGUGACCAUGUGCUUACAGUAUUCACUGGAGAAUGCAAGACAUGUAGGCAGUGCACAUCGGGUAAAAGCAACAUGUGCCAAGUUCUGGGACUAGAGAGGAGCGGUGUUAUGCAUAGUGAUCAGAAGACCCGCUUCUCUGUCAAAGGAAAGCCAGUUUAUCAUUAUUGCGCGGUUUCCAGUUUCAGUGAAUAUACUGUGGUGCACUCAGGGUGUGCUGUCAAACUCAGCUUGUCUGUACCUCUUGAGAAAAUAUGUCUUCUGAGUUGUGGGGUGGCUACAGGUUUGGGUGCCGCUUGGAAUGUUGCUGAUAUAUCUGAAGGUUCAACUGUGGUGAUAUAUGGUCUUGGAACCGUAGGCCUAUCUGUUGCACAAGGUGCCAAAAUUAGGGGUGCAUCGCAAAUAAUUGGUGUUGAUAUUAAUCCCGAAAAGGUCGACAUAGCUAAAACUUUUGGGGUUACUCAUUUUGUUAACCCAAGCGAAUGCAAUGAAUCUAUUCAUCAGGUCAUUAAUAGAAUCACUGAUGGAGGGGCUGAUUAUGUAUUUGAAUGCAUAGGUGACACAAGAAUGUUAACUACUGCCUUGCAGUCAUGUUGCCAAGGUUGGGGUCUGACUGUUACACUAGGUGUUCCAAAAGUGAAUCCGGAACUAACAGCCCACUACGGACUAUUUCUUAGUGGAAGAACAUUGAAAGGAUCCCUUUUCGGCGGAUGGAGACCAAAAUCUGACCUCCCCUCAUUAGUAGACAUGUAUACCAAGAAGGAAAUUCAAAUCGACGAGUACAUCACACAUAACAUAUCCUUUGAAGAUAUCAACCAAGCAUUCAGUCUCAUGAAGGAAGGGAAGUGUUUACGUUGUGUCAUUCACCUACCAGCAUGAUUUCUAAACUAAUUAAACUCAUCUUCACUUCUUUGAAGAUAUCAACCAAGCAUUCAGUCUCAUGAAGGAAGGGAAGUGUUUACGUUGUGUCAUUCACCUACCAGCAUGAUUUCUAAACUAAUUAAACUCAUCUUCACUUCUUUCGACGAGUUCAAUUCAAGCUCCUGGUUUUCUAUGGUUGUAGCUUCCGUGAAUUCUGAUAUUUUAAGUUUCGUUAAAUUGAGGUUUUGUGAGCAUUAAAUUUCAUGAGCUGAAUGUAAUGCAAGAGAAUACUCUAUUUGGACCAGGCA